AUGGCACCUCAAAAAGAUACCGACGAUGUAUUGGAUUUCAUCAAUUCGUUGCCAGAUUCUAAGUCAGGCACACCCAAGCCCACCACAGCAUCAUCAAAGGGCGACAAACAGGAGAACAAGGAAGAGUUCUUAGAUUUUUUGGAUGAACUUGCAGCCCACGAAAAGGCUAAGCCGGCCACACCCAAACUGAAGCCAAAGGCAUCGUUUGAACCGAAAAAGGUGGAUAGCACAAGGACAUCCCCUGAAGCCUUGAAGAGCGUAGACGAACUCGAGCAAGAAGAUGGUGCUGCUGUUGACGCCGCUGCUUCUGCUACAGCUGCCACUGCAGGCGAAGGUGAGGACAACGAAAUUGACCCUAUAGGCUCGAUAUCUAAUUGGUGGUCCAAAGAGGGCUCUAACAAGGUGUCUUCCUUCUGGGGAUCCAUCGCUUCCAACGCCCAGCAGAUCUCAGACCAAACUUACCAACUAGCAUCGAACACUUCCAACCAAUUAUCGCAGCAGAGGCAGAAGAUAUUGAAAGAAAACAAAUUCAACCCGGAACAGAUUACUCAAUUGGACUACUUGGGAGACAAGUUGAACUCUGUAUUGAGUACCAUGUCACAUCAGAUCACCCAGGGGUUGAUUGGGCCCGACGACGAGCUUUUGAACAUCUUAUUGAUCCAUGAUUUGGAUAACGUCAACUACUUGGACAAAGAGUGCUCUAACAAGUUCAAUAAAGUCAUGAACCAGGUGGAAGGUGGAAUCAGAAUCACUGUGAACAACUUCAAUCACAAACAAGGCGAGAUUAGUGACGACGUUGAGAACUUGAACUUGUUCUAUGGAAAGAUCAUUGACGGAGAAAAAUUGUGCUUUGCCAACUUAGAAAGCUGCAUCAAAGACUAUUCCACCUACAAUUUAGUAGAAAUUAAGAAAGAGGUGGAUGGCGUAGAAGAGGCUGGAAAGGAGGGCACUGAGACUGAAGACGGCGUAGGACAGGAUACAAGUGUAGCCUCCGCUGAAUCGUCCAUCAAUAAAUCAAAUAUCUUUAUCUCAAUCCAGGCAAUCACCAGUAAAACUAACACCGAAGAAAAGGUUGAAUCUGAGAGCGACGGACCAAUUUUGAUAGAGUCAAAUAACCACGACAGUUUCUCGUUUACGUUAAUCUUGAAGGAUAUUACUAAUAAUGUGACAAUAAUCACGAAAACCCAACCUUUUCCUUUGGUAUGGGCUCAAUGGUUAAGCGGUGAAGGAAAAGUGGCUGACGAGAAUAUAAACCCAAGUGAAUGGGUGAAGGACUGGAUCAAGGAUGGCUUAUCAUUAAGUUUUGGGGUUUUGGCUCAACAGUAUGUAAUCAAGAGGAUGGGUUAUUAA